UGGACAAAAUUAUCCAUCAUGUAGUGCAAGGCGUUUAAGGCGAUGAAGACCAAAAAAGUUGCGGUUGAGAAGUUGAGAUGAUUCUCCAGUUACCAAUUGAUUUCUGCUGAUAUAUACACCAUCGAUCAAUUGCCGGAAGCGAAGCCCGCAGAAAGGACAAGCUGAUCGAUCAAUCAAAACUGACCAUGGGAGGAGGAGAGCAUCAGCUGGAGCACCACAGCAUCGUCAGCUCUGCUGCUGCUGCUGCCGUUCAUGGCCAUGGAGGCGGCGGCGUCAUGGUGGAGGCGGCGCUGACGCCGCUCGUGGGCACCGACGGCUGGGACUACUGCAUCUACUGGCGCCUCCUCUCCCCUGACCAGAGGUUCUUGGAGAUGACGGGGUUCUGCUGCAACGGUGAGUUCGGGACGCUCGGCGACCUGCCUUCCUCCAUCCCGCUCGACUCAUCCUCCAUCGGCGAGGAUAACAAGGGAGAUGAUGAUGGUGCAAAGAGAAUGUUUUUUGGCGGUGAAAGGUGUUUGGAAGGAAUAUCAGGGGAGGCUAAUAUCACUCCCCAACGAACAGAACAGAACAAUCCACUUGGCCUUGAGCUUCAGCUGCAUAUUACUGAAGCUAUCUGUCCUGCUUUAAGUGAACCUGGUUUACGGGCUUUUCUUCGAUUCAUGACUGGGGUAUCUGUGUGCUUAAAUAGAGGAGAUUUAGACCCGAAGUCGCAACAGCAUGCAGAUGCAGCAGGAUCUUCCUUGGUAUCUUUCACUGUAGAUCACAUCUUUCAUUGUAGAUCUCUUGUUUUGACCAGCUUGACAUUUACACUAGCACAAGUCGAAGGGGCUGCAGAACUGAACUGGGUAUCAAUCUCUGCGGGAUGUAGAAUUGAUGGUGCUUAAACUCUCGGCCUUUUUUUUCUAAAUGUUAUUUGUGGGCAUCCUUGGUUGGAACACCUUGCUGUAAUUAUCAUUUCUUUUCCUUCCCAAUUUCCAUUGACAUUUGUUCACCGAUUUAAUAGAAUAGUGGAUAAUAUUGUGAACUGCUUGUAUUUCAAUUAUGCCUUCCAAUUUCCGUUGAUUUGUAA